UGGGGAGCGGGAAGCGGGGCGGUGUCUUCCUUUGCGCCCCUCCCCGGGGGUAGUGGGACCCCCGUGGCGGGUCACAGGGUCAAAAUGGAUAGCACAGAUGAACCUCAGAAGAAAGUCUUUAAAGCACGAAAAACAAUGAGAGUAAGUGAUCGACAACAACUUGAAGCUGUCUAUAAGGUUAAAGAGGAACUUUUGAAGACAACUGAAGUUAAACUGUUAAAUGGAAAGCAUGAAAAUGGAGAUUCUGAUUUAAAUUCUCCAUUAAGCAAUACAGACUGUCCGGAGGACAAGAGGGAAGUUAAUGGCCUAGUGGACUUGGGUGUUAACUCUGAAGGAGGAAAAACAGCAUCUGAUGAGAUCUGUGAGGCCAAAAGCCCUGAAAGUAGGACAGGGGACAUAACUGAUGAUGUGGAACCCAAACUUCUAGCGCUGUCUCCAGAAAAUGCUGCUCCUGAGCAGGAGGAAGAUACUAAUACUGCUUCAGCUUGUGAGCCUGAAAAUGGAGUGCUUGGUAGCAAUAAAGAGAACUUUGAUGAGGAAAAUAAUACAAAAGAUAAUUUGGACCAAAGAGAGAGUGACAGCCCAGCAGUAGGUGAGAAUAACUCAGCCUGUGAAAUGUCUAGUGAGGAGAAGGGAGAAACAAAUGACUUAAUUAUUAAUUCCAAUUCAUCUGGUGAGGAAAAUAAGACUGAAGAAGUAGCAGUUGAUGAUGCUGUUGGAGAAGAAACCAUCUCUAGCAGUAUGGAAGCUGACGAGGAACCAAAGGACAAACAAGAUAGCACUUCAGAAACCACAGUUCAGAAGACAGUGGAUGGUCCAAGUGAAAGAAUCUUGGACGAUACCAAUUCUAUGGAAACAGAUGAAAUUAUUCCAAUUUUGGAAAAACUAGCCCCUGCUGAAGAUGAACUGAGCUGUUUUUCUAAAAAUUCUCUGCUUCCAGUAGAUGACACAGGCACAGAUUUAGAAGAUAAAACAGAUAGCUGUUUGGGUUCACCAUCCAAGCAGGAAAGCAAUGAAAGUUUGCCAAAAGAGGCUUUCUUAGUACUGUCUGAUGAAGAAGAUCCAUGUGAUGAGAAGGAGGAACAUGCUGUAGAGGUACUACCAAAUAAGCCAAGUCUUCCAGAAGAGGUGGAGGAGGAGAGAAUAAAGGACAGUGAAGAGGAUAAAGAAGAAGAGCCCAACAAAGAAGAGAAACACACAGAGAGAAGUGAAGCAUCAAGGAGAAAGCGUUCCAAAUCUGAGGACAUGGACAAUGUUCAUUCUAAACGUCGUCGGUACAUGGCAGAAGAUUAUGAAGCAGAACUCCAAGUAAAAAUUACAACCAGAAAGGAUGUUGAUGAAAAUUACAAAGGUAGUAUUAUCCAGAGACUGUUAGAAGAAAAACUUAAUGCUUUACAGUGUGCUGUGUUUGACAAGACUCUGGCAGACUUGAGAACCCGAAUAGAGAAAGUAGAAUGUAACAAGAGGCACAAAACUGUGCUUACUGAGCUACAGGCUAAAAUUGCUAGAUUGACAAAACGAUUUGGAGCUGCCAGGGAAGACUUAAAGAAAAGACAGGAAAAUUCAUCAAAUACAGCUCUGUCUCCAGGGAAAGCAGCAGCAGCAGCAGCAGCGAGUGACACUGCAAACACAAACAAUGCGGCAUAUCGAAGUACUGGCACAGUGAGGCAGAUGCUGGAGUCAAAAAGGAAUACAGGAGAGAGCACACCAGCAACUUUUCAAGCCCCUGUGAGUGCAGUGCCAGCUUCCAGUGUUGCUGCUCCUCCAGCAGUUGUCAGUGGACAUCUUAAGCCUCAGACUCCAGUGAUCUCCACCAGCUCUUUGACAACAACAGUUCUUCCCACAGCUAACACAGCUACGGUUGUAGGCACUAACCAAGUGCCCAGUGGCAGCACUCAGUCAGUGUCUGUCUCGUUGCAGUCUUUACCCGUGAUCUGGCACGUACCUGUUGCAGUGUCAUCCCAGCCUCAGCUUCUGCAAGGCCACACAGGGACUUUGGUCACUAACCAACAGUCAGGCAGCGUUGAAUUUAUACCCGUACAAAGCGCAUCUACAGUUGGUAGCCUUACCAAAACUACAGUGUCUUUGGCAUCAGCUAACCCAGCUAAACCAAGUAACAGCCCAGCUGUGCCCAGUCCUAGUGUUCAAAGGAACUCUCCAGCCAGUGCUGGGUCAAUAGGCACAGCAUUGGCAGUACAGGCUGUUCCUACUGCACAUUCUGUUGCCCAGGCCCCAAGGACUUCUUUGCCCACAGUGGGUACUUCAGGACUUCAUAAUGCUACCAGCAGACAACCCCCUCCCCUACAGAUGAAGAUUCCUCUUUCUGCAUUUAGUAGUGCAGCUCCUGUUGAACCACACACAGCUACAGCACCCGGGGUUGAAAACCAGAUAAGCAAACCACCAACAGAUACUUCGGCAAACAAGCGAAAUCCUGAGGGAACAACACAGCAGUUGAAACAGGAAGAGACUUCAUCAGAAAAUAAAGAAGCAGUAGAAGCAGCACAGACGAAUUUAAACUUCCCCGAGGAUGUCCUCUUUGGCUUGGAGGAAGAGGAAGAGGAUGCUAAGAGCAUCAAAAACACCCACAAGCAGACUGGCUGGGCAGCUAACCUAUUAAAACAAUGGCUGGCCAAAAAUGGCAAGGAUCCUAGCUUUGAAUUGGUCCCUAGCGGGAAGGUCACAGGAAGCAAUACAGGAGGUGUCAUCGAUCUUACACUGGAUGAAGAGGAGGAUGGGUCUUCUCAAGCAGAUGUCAAGAAGCAGAACCAAAUACCUAAUACAGGACAGAGCAUACCCACCCAGCCUUUGGCCCGACCCUCGCAGCCCUCACAGCCUUUGCAGCCAAACCCUAUGCAGCAGGCAGGUGUGCCAACAAGUGGACCCUCCCAGACUACCUUACAUGUAUUACCUACAGGUUCCACAACAGUGAAUGUAACACAACGGCCAGUGACUCAAACUGUUGCAAAAUUACCUAUACCAAGAACCCCUGCUAACCACCAGGUGGUCUAUACCACUCUCCCUGCACCACCAGCUCAGAAUGCUGUAAGAGGAGCUGUCAUGCCAAACCCAGGUUUAAGGCCAGUCAACCCACAGGCCGGAGGUAUGACAGUGCGAAUGCCUCAAACAGCUGCAUAUGUUGUGAACAAUGGACUAACUCUUGGAUCUGGAGCACCUCAGCUUACAGUGCAUCAUCGACCACCACAGAUGCAUGCUGAGCUGCCCCGCCCCAUACAUCCUGCCCCACUCCCUGAGGCACCACAGCCCCCACGCCUUCCCCCAGAAGCUGCCAACACUUCUCUGCCUCAAAAGCCACAGCUGAAGCUGGCACGGGUCCAGAGCCAGAAUGGUAUUGUGCUGUCGUGGAGUGUCACGGAGGUGGACCGGAGCUGUGCCACUGUGGACAGUUACCAUCUCUAUGCCUACCACGAGGACCCAAGUGCCACUAUGCCCUCCCAGUGGAAGAAGAUUGGGGAAGUGAAGGCCCUCCCACUACCCAUGGCAUGCACUCUUACACAGUUUGUGUCUGGCAGCAAAUACUACUUCGCCGUCAGGGCUAAGGACAUCUAUGGACGUUUUGGACCCUUCUGUGACCCCCAGUCCACAGAUGUGAUCUCUUCCCAGAGCAGUUAAACGAGGGAUCUUUGGAGCCUUUAAAGCUGUCCUACUACCAUGGUUUACCCCAGUUUGGGGGGGAGUUUAUCCCAUGCAUGAAAUUCACUUUUAAAUCCUCUCUCUGCAGGAUUAUUUUAGACAGUUGUGUGAUACACUACAUGCAUUCAGAACCAAAACUAAAAUAAAGUCUCGCCUGCAGCAAGAGAACCUGUUUUUUCUGGAUAGCUCAAGUCAUGGGUUGUCUGUAAUUUUCAUUUUCCCUUCCAUGACAGCUGUUCCACCUACCUACCCUUUGUCCAAGGGCACCAUGGAUGCCUGGGAUUGUGCUUCAGAGUGGGAGCAAAACAAUGAAUUACAGUUUGUCUGAAGCAAAACAUACACAUCUGUUAUAUCCGUCAAGGCACUGACAUGAGGGCAAGAACAGAUUUGCCUCUUGCUCCCCGCUACUCUGUCAGCAGGCUGUGAUAUUAACAAGGGUGACUCAAGGUCUCACUUUUGUACUGGAUGAUUGAGUGGUCUGGUCUUAUUUUACAAACUGUAAUGAGCUCUCUGAGGGGAGGGAAGGGAAGGGAACUUGAGUCUGGCCAGGCAACCAAUGUGAAGGUGGUGAAAAAAGAAAUAAUCAUCCCACUACCUCCUACCUCUCCUAAAUAAGAAUGUUCCUUUGCAUUCACCAUCCUCCCCCACUCAGACUGGGAGCAUUCCUGGGUCAGAUCUGAAACUGGAUUGUAGAGACUGCAUUCACACCUCUCUAGCUCAGAUAAUUUCUCUCCCCCUUCCCUCAUACAUCCGACCCUAUUUUUUAGAUUUAUUUUGUGCCUUAAAGAAUAAUUUUAGAAAUAAAUGUAGCCAGAUACUUUGUGGUGUUCUUUUAUUUGCUUGGAAUUAUUUCUCCAUCCAACUAGCCUGUCAUUACUUCUCAUUUUCCAAGUCUGCAGUAAUUAUGAUUUCUGUAAAAAACAGGAAGUGUAACCUCUGCUGAUGCUGGAUUCAUUUUGCUCUGCAGUAUCCUUUAACGCUUUCUUCACUGUAAUUCUUGAAUAAUUGUUUUUAUCUUGUUAAAAAUACUAGAGUAAACAGAGAGUAUUUUCCACCAGAGCCUUUCCCUGUUCAUUUGGGAAAGCUGUAUGUUGCAGUUCAGCCAAAGAAACCUCUGUGGUGUAGCACCAUGAAAGCUUCUGGCUCUUUGUGCUCAGUCUGGAUGUUCAGUGAGUGCACACAAAGGUAAGAAGUUGGCUUCCAAGUCCUCUUCUCUAGCUCAUCACCUGCCUUCCUCUGCAGACAGUUAACACACCCCAAGCAGUUCAGAAAUAUUUUAGGUGCUGGCUUAAAACUUGUCAACAAUUGCAAAUGUUAAUAGAUCUUUUUUCAUGGUGCUUCUGAGCUGAGACGAGAAAUUGGUGCAUCUGCCCCAACUAUCAUUCACUUGUUUUUUUGUAUCAUUAGACUUGUUUUUUGCAUAACCAAAUAGUAACACAUGUGGACAAGAGUGGAUAUGUAAGGGGUUUAUUAUGGGACUUGUAAGUCCUAUUCUGGCCCAGCAAAACCGAACAGUGAAUUUAGAAGUGGAAGAGUCUUUUUUUGCCACAUAGCAAAGAUGCAGAAAUUAAUAGGUUUUUCUAAUUUAAGUGCUCUCUUUCUUAAGCCAAAUAUUUUAAAAUGUAUAGCAAGGUUGAAAAAGGGCAGAAAAAAUUAAAUCCUAAAACAUGACUGGUGAAAUAUGCAGUGAGAUUAUGGGUUCCUUAGUUGUGUUCCCUUUGAGAACUUUCACAGUGAAAGAAACUGCAUUGUAGACUUUUUUUCUGUACUAUUUGACUGCACUCCUUCACAUAGCUGGGAUUGUCACUUCUGUCAGAUGAGUAAAAAGUACUCUCUGUAUGGAAACUUCCAUUUACAGUAUGGUAUUUUUAUUGACUGGGGGAGCAAAAAAUUGUCUAAAUCCAAGUAUCAUAAGAGAAAGAAGGUUCAGACUGAAUCUCAUGUAUGAAUGAUACCUGAGAUUACUUUACUUUCCUUUGGGUAAGUUGUCCCUGUAUUACUGGUGCCAAUAAUCAUUAAUGCCUUGAAUUUUUCUAUGUUUACUAAAUGCUUUGUCUGCCUAUUUUGAGGAAUAAUUAUUACUUAAAAAUGCAUUUAGUCUACUUACUGAAAGUUGGGUCCUUUUAAAGCCAGUUCUGUAGUACAGCUUAGAGCAGUUCAUUCCAGUUGAUGGCUGUCAAGUCCUCCUUGGGCAAUUUUCUUUUUCUGUGUAUUUGAGGUGGUACCAAAGGGCUGUUGGCCAUAUCAGUUCAAUGAGGUUUUAUAAUUUGAAAGUUUAAAUGAACAUUAGAAUACAAUAUAUGCCUCUUACUUAAUUGCAGUUGCAGCCCAAACUAUGCAUGAGCUUUUCUACAGUUUGUGCUUGCAUUUAGGCUACUGUUGUUCUUAGCUUUGUCUUGGUUGAGAUAGGCAGGGGGUGAGAGUCCUGUGUUUGAACUUUUUUCUUUCCUCCAAUGGAGGUAUUAUUAGGGAUGGUCUGGUACUGUGUUCAGAGGUUUUGUUGGCUGUAUCUUUAGUGAAAGACAACUCAUCUUUAUUUACUUACAACAGGUAUAGUUCUCAACUGACCUGACUGUAAAAACUGGCUUCUGGCUGCAAGGGUCAGUGUCUUCUGAGUAUGGCAGAGUGCAGCUGAUUGUGAAUUGGUUGGCUGAAUCCAUGGCAGCUGUGGUGAGAAAGCCGAGAUUCUUGUUUUCAUCUGAGCAGAGCUGCUGAAGGUUCAGUUUCAGGAGGUAGCAAAGUAUGGGAUAAGGCAUGGCUGCACUUAAAGAUGUCAGGCUCAGUUUAGAGACUGUAAAGGUAGGGCCUUAAAUCACUGACACAGAGAGCACGAUGCCAUUUCUGCAAAAUCAUUUUCAUGGUGGAGCAGAUCUCUGCAGUGAGUAUUCACUCCAUAUUCUAACAAACAGGAGCAUCGCUUAGUUCCUAAAUUCAUAGCACUUUAACUCUGUAUCAGGUGGCUAUUUAUUUUAUUAUCCUUUAUCUCCCAGAAACAAUAAAACUAUUGAGAAACUAGAAUUUCUGCUAUCAGCAAACAUUCAAAACCAAUGUAUCUAAUUUAAUAAAUUUUAUUUGAAAGUAUUGCUAAAACAUCGGGGCAUGUUCAGCACAGGUCUGUUAACACCGUGCUUCUGACUGGGCUCUUCAUAAGUGUGAAGUUGCUGGAAGCUUCCAAUAAGCCACUUUUAAAUAUGCAAAAAAAAAUAUAUGGCUUUUAAGUGGAAGGUUUGGAUUUAGAUUUUACUCUGCAGUUGAUGCAAGUUUUCCCAUCUUAUUUUCAAUAGCCUGGUAUAAAGUUGUUCUCAACAGUGCUCUGUUCCCACUGGGUACGUGAUGUUUUAGCAGUACCACCACUUGGAUCAAGUUCCCCGUGUUUUAGCAAACAGCACUGAUCCUAUAGCUGUGUUUUCCAUCCUCAUUUGCUUUCUGGAUUGUUCUAGGUUCAGUUUUUCUUUUUUGUGUGAUAUAAAGGCAUCUGGAUGUCUUAGGUUGAAAGUAAUUCCCCUUUAGUUCCUGGUUAUUGAGGAGCCCUGCCAUGGAGUGCUGAUGGCAAAAUGCUGUUCCUUUCCACUGCAUUAUAGCUUCACUGUGAUGAACUGUAAUGAAGUUAACAGCUUCAGUGGUCUCAUUUAUUUCACUAUGUGUCUGCAAAAGCUUUAUUGGAGUUAAAUAACUAAGCCCUAGGAAAGGGACAGACAUAGGUAUAGCAUCUGUACUGCAUCUGCAGUGGCAGCUUCAGAAAAUGUGAGGGUGAAGAGCCAGGUUCCUUGUGGUCAUCUCCUUGCUCUGAGCAGCCUCCCUAGGACUAGCAAUUGGUCUUAGAAUUUACUCCUUUGAACUAUUUGCACUGCUCUUGACUAUGUUCAAUUCCUGAGCACAAGCACCAAGAUACCCAUCCCAGUGUUUUCGGCACAAGGCUGGAAACACCCAUGGUGUCUUCCCUGUGAAAACUGGGAGUCUUACCCCACUUCCUUUGAAAACAAUAGCAAAACCCCUCCUGCCCUCAGGGAGAAGCAUGAAUGGGCACAAUAAUAGGAGCUGAGCACCAUUUUACACUGUAACACAGCCACUUCAUCCCUUCCCUUAUGCUCUUUGUCUUAAAUGUCCAAUAAAUUAGAAUCCAUAUUGUGUGUAGGGACAAGUCAAAUCUGUUCCUGCUCCCCAAACAGCCAUUUCCCAGUAUUAGAGUAUUGCAUACACUGUACACAAUCAAGCUGUGAUUUUGCCUUCUAGAAACUCCUGAGUAUUUCCAUUUAGUCAAAAAUAUCUAUCCAGAUAUCUUAAACAGAAGCUUGAUAUAUUAAAUAUAUAUGUUUUUGAAUUUGUUGGGUUGGGUAGGGGUGUGCAUUGUAUGAAAACACUGGAGGGAGAUUAAUUCAGAUGGCACUGAACCAGCCCUGCCCCCAAAAUCUGUAUUCCUUUCCAAACACCUUGUGAGAGGAGAAA